AUGGCCUCUCCGCCUCCUGCUCGAGAGCAAGAUGCUCAAGAGAGCCAGGACGGGAAGGAGGUGAAGCUGGACCUUUCUACGGGCAUCUCCAUUCCAACUUACUGGUGGCACCCAGCUGGGUGUAGUGCGGCAGCAAGAAGCGCCGUGCUUUGCUUGCAUGGUGCCGGAGAUGUUGGGCUGGUGUGGGCACAGGUGGCAAGGAGAUUGCGGGACCGAAUUGGAGUUACGAUAAUUGCUGCGGACCUUCGGGGCCAUGGCGGAGCAAUGGUUGAGGAGCGCCUCGAUGAAAGCCUUGGACUGCAACGACUGUUGCCCGACGUUUUGGCACUGCUUCGAAGCACAGGGGAGCAACUCUCUCAGGGCGAGGGCGACAAAAUUUCGCUCAUCCUUUGUGGCCACUCCCUGGGUGGUGCUUUAGCUGCGCGUGCAGCUUCAGAGGCUCUGAAAAGGCAGCUCCCUCUUCAGGUGCGGGCCGCCAUUCUGCUGGAGUCUGUGGAAGGCACGGCUGCAGAGACGCUUCCGCGCAGCGUUGCGUGGAUGCAGGCCAGACCGCGCAGCUUUACAAGCUUGGAGGAUGCCAUUGCUUGGUCCCUAUCUUCGGGAAUGCUAGCAAACCCAGAAGCAGCAAGGGAGAACAUCCCGCCUCGACUGCAUCGCGAGGCUGGCCAGAAGUGGACUUGGAGAACCAACGUGUGUGAGGCCAUCACUUGCUGGCCCCAGUGGUUUGAUGGGGUCAGCUCCCUUUUCGUCAGCUUACCAAUACCCAAGCUCCUGAUCGUUGGAUCGGUGGACCGAAUGGACGCGGCGUUGGAGGCUGCACACAUGCAAGGUCGCUUUCGCUUGGAAGUGGUGCCUCACUCGGGACACUACAUCCACGAAGACUGUCCCGACGAUGUCACGGAGGCCAUUGCUAAAUUCCUGCUGCAGCUUCAGCAGCAAGAGAAGGCCUUUGCCAAGCUGAUGGCACAGCGAGCCACCUCGCGGCCGCCGGCACUUGGCCCUGCGGAUGUUAAGCGGCACCGUGUGGAUCAAAAUCGAUGCCGCAUCCGUGAGCACAUCGCCUUUACAAACGCGCCAAGACUGACGAAGCGACAAUGCGAACAGUUCGGGAGUUCCGAGUUGAACAGAUCUGCCGGAUUCCGUGCUCAGCCGUUUCAUAGUUGGAGGCACCAUCCAUUGUCGGCAUCGGUAGGUGACACGACCCCUCGGUCUCUCGUCUUAGUGGCAUGCAAGAGCUUCACUGGACACGAGACCAUGCACAAAAGUUUGCAUCCACCUAGCUGCCUACCUGGUCUAACGGGCUGCCGCUUCCGACCUGCUCCGUAG